ACCUCCAAAAUCCACAAACACACACUACGAAACCAAAAUGGCGAGGAGGAGGUACAGAUCUGCAGCGUGCGACGACAACAAAUCUACCAUGAUCCCUCUCCUGCUUACCAUCCUUGUCGUCGCCGCUGCAUCAUCCACCGUUGCGAGGUCGGCGUGGGUGCAGGACUACGCGUCCAACCACGGGUGCGGGGAGACGGCGGCGGCGGAGCUGUGCGACCCCGGCGACCCGGCGGCGAACCGCGCGUGCAGCGACGCGUGCCACUACAACGGCUGCAGGGGCGGCCGGUGCGUGCUGCUGUACUACCUCGGAGGCGGCGGCGGCGGCGGAGGCGGAGGCAUCGGCCGGGGCUGCCACUGCCGGCGUUGAGGGCGGUGACGACGUACGACUCAUGACAACAUCAUCCUUCGGCGCGCCAUUGCUGCGUGCAUGCUGUUGUUCGAAUAAACGGAAGGCUAUAUGUACGAUAUGAUAUCCAUCCAGUUGGCAAUGUGCAAUUACAUUCAAUUUAUUU